GGCCUAGUCGAGUUUAGGUUGGCUUUUCAGUUGUUGCCCGCCUGGACGAGACAUAAGCUGAGGGGAUACUAAGUAUUGUUGUAGACUGGAUGAAGGGGACAACUACGCCGCGGCUAAAAAUAGAAAACUCAAAGAUACUUUAAUAUGACCUCUCAUGACUGCCAGUCAGACUAAGGUAGUACUUAGUGAGUUGUUGACCAUUUCCUUCAAUUUAUGGAUCUUAACUCCUAAACUUCUUUUGGUCAUCUCCAUUAGACAAGCCGCAGCUGCAUAUCUGCGACAUACCCGGAGACAAAGCUUGGCUCCAUCCUACGUUGAAUGCACGUCGCUGGUUGAAUACGAGCUCGUUCAGGAUGCCUCCAGUUCACUUACAAGUCCCUUGCGUUCUCGAGCAUGGAAAUCGAACGACUGUUCCCCUAAAAGAAAGCAAUCGGGAGCUCUGAUGAAUGCAGGUUCACCUUGGAAUAGCCAUAAGGCACGCCCCAAAUCACGAGGCUUGACCACAUUCGAAGAGGCUUCAGCCCGUAACGGUGUAGCUGCGGCAACGACGUCAGCCAAAGAGACGAUCCGUCUUCUCAGAUGCCUCGAAGAGGGGGAUGCUCCACCUUUAAAGCCCAGAGUCGUCCCUCAGGAUGCCGUCAUCGCAGACGGCGGGAACAAUGGAGUCGGCCAGCUCAAUCCAGGCGCCCGGAUUCAAAAAUCUGAAUACAGAUGAUGAAUCUGAUCAAUUGCUAGUGUUCGGCAUAAGGAUGCGGAUUCGCCACAGCCAGGGUGCGCUCACUUGUAAGCCUGGCCCAGCGUUUAUCAGUUGCAGAAGUUGAUAUGACUUCGAG